CAGCGCCACCUGGAGGAAUACAAGUUUCGUCGAACAGGAAACAGUUGACAGCUAGGAACAUUCUAAUCUUAAAAUGAAAUGUACACAUUCGUUCGAGGUUCGAGGAGAAAUACUUUAACGUUAGCAAGAUCGGUCAUUUACGGGAUCCCAUUAGCAGUGACCAAACACAAAGACGAUGACACAGCCGGCAGACUCUAUUUUACAUAGCGGUUACUUUCACCCCAUUCUGCGACACUGGCAGUCCUGUGCUUCAGACCUUAGACCAGAUAACCUCAUAUAUCCUAUCUUCAUUACUGACAGUCCUGAUGCAGUGGAACCAAUUUCAAGUCUUCCUGGUCAAGCGAGAUAUGGUGUAAAUAAGAUAGAGGGUUUACUUCGUCCCCUUGUGGACAAAGGUCUGAAGUGUGUGCUGAUUUUUGGAGUUCCUGCAAAAGUUGCGAAGGAUGAAAGGGGCUCUGGGGCGGACACAGAUGACACUCCUGCAGUGCUGGCUGUGAAGAAACUGAGAAGCACAUUCCCUGACCUUUUGUUGGCCUGUGAUGUGUGUCUUUGCCCUUACACCUCUCAUGGCCACUGUGGAAUCAUGAGUGAAGGUGGCAGCUUGGAUAAUGCUGCAAGCUGUUUAAGGCUGGCUGAAGUAGCUCUGGCUUAUGCUCAAGCAGGAUGCCAUAUCAUUGCCCCUUCUGAUAUGAUGGAUGGACGAAUUGCAGCCAUUAAGCAAGCUCUAAUCGCCAAUGAUCUUGGCAACAAGGUGUCAGUGCUGAGCUACAGUGCUAAAUUUGCCUCAUGCUACUAUGGACCAUUCAGAGAUGCUGCACAAUCUAAGCCUGCUUUUGGAGACAGACGAUGCUAUCAGCUGCCACCUGGUGCCAAAGGACUAGCACUGCGGGCCUGUGACCGGGAUGUUAAAGAAGGUGCUGACAUGCUGAUGGUGAAACCUGGAUUACCAUACCUUGAUAUUGUGAGAGAGGUUAAGAAUAAGCACCCUACUCAUCCACUGGCAGUGUAUAAUGUAUCAGGUGAGUUUGCCAUGUUGUGGCAUGGAGCUGAAGCUGGAGCUUUUGACCUGCGCACUGCAGUUAUGGAGGCCAUGACUGCUUUCCGUCGUGCAGGAGCCGACAUCAUUAUCACCUACUACUGUCCACAAUUACUCACAUGGUUAACAGAGUAAAAUGUUGGUUCUCCAAUAUGAAUGAACUUGGAUAAUACCAAAUCUACUAUCUCACCCUGAGACUGAAAAUUAUGACUUGUAUUAAAUCUGAUAUGCAAAUAUUACUACACAGAUCAAUAGCUUUUUUCCCCCCACAUUUUCUAAUUAGAUUUAUGUGUCUAGAUAUAAAGAUAUUCAAUCAGCUUUGGUUUUUAUAAUUUUCUGUCAUUUUGGCAAGUGCAGAUGUUAAAUUGGUCAUUGUUUUCCAAAAUAUGAUUGAUUACAUCACAGAUUUGUUGUAAUUUUAAUUGAGCUUCUGUUACACUAGCAAUAGACUUCAGGUUUGUAAUUACAGAAUUUUUUUUCAAAUCAGUGUACUAAUAAUCACAUUAACAUAGGAAGUCCUGUUGGCAUUUCGAGGGCUUGGAACCAGAGGGGCGUAAGUGGCAUUUUGGGCGAAAAUGAGUUCUAUAUAUCAAAUUAAAGGUCUUGAUGAGCUCUAUCUAGUUGUGCCAAAAAGACGCAUCAGAAAUCAACCUGUAUUGAAUAAAGCAACAAAACAACAAAGACCUAACACAAAAGUUUGAGCAUUGUUUGGAGCCAGAGGGGCGUAUGUCCACUUACACCCUUCUAGCUCUAAACAAUACAAGAGCCUACAGUAUUUUUCAGAGCCAGAUGGACGUAAGUGGGUGGUGCCCCUAAACAGCACUAGAUAAAAUGGCUGACACACAUGCUGCACACAUGGAACUUUCUGAGGCAGAACAAAUUUUGAUGAAUAUAAUGAAGCAAACGGAUGAAUCUUGUUAAGAAGUGACAGAUGAAGAGAUGUUUUUGUAUGCUGCUCCUCACUUGAGUGUUGGAGGUAAAACGCAUGCAUUUAGGGGGAAGUUGUGGCCUAAUGGUUAGAGAGUCAGACUCGCGAUUGAAAGGUUGUGAGUUCGAGUCCCGGGCCGGCAGGAAUUGUAGGU